AUGGAAUCGUCUACGGCACGAGAAGUGAUGCUUCUCUGCUCACCGCAUGAAAAAGCUAACAAGAACUUACACACACAGGAUGAAUCCGGAGCCAAUGCCGACAUUGACCUCAUUAAAGGCCCAAAUCCCAACUCGCUUCACCGCAUAGGCGCACUGUCAACCAGGUCUGACAGUCCAAGUACGGUCGAAAGUGUUUGCUGGGAUCAAAACUCGGCUGUGUACUCGGAAGCAAGUCCAGCUUCCUUCAAGGAUGACCUGUUUGUAGAACCGGAAUUGAACGUGACCGACCGAUGUGGGAGAUCACCCGAUAGCGACGACGAAGCCCAUAACCCACCCCGUCUCCCAGAGGCGCUUUUAAGAUAUCUCAGACCAAUACUCACAGAAACAAUGGGUAGCGACUAUCACGAUGAUGCGAGAAACGCAGAUGCAAGACGGAUAUUAUCUGACGACAACGACGAAAACGACUCAUCCUUAGAACACCCAAGCACAUCUAGUCAAAUUGUAGACGAGGAAUUUAGCAGCGAAUUCGAAGACGACGAUUUCGAUUCGGACGACGACGAAUGGGGUGGCGAGCCCGACAAGAUCGAUACUGCGGUGUUGAUGAAUGUUCCCGACCUGGACUUUGCUGCAUCGCUGAUUAUGGAAUUGCAUAGAGACCGUGUCCAUAGCGAAGCGCGGAGAAUUGGAGGUUGGCAAAAAGGAGUCGUUACCUGCCAAGCAUCACCUGGGUCGGGGGAGAAUUCGCGCCAAUCGUUUGCGAAUUCUAGCGCAGGCCAGAGAUCUUCUCAGUCCCGCAAGAAGCAGCGAUUCUCAGAUGCGAGAAGAAGAGGCUCUGAUGAUGGAGAAGGCGAAAGGGAGGAGGGGGAAGGAGGUGGUUCUCCUGAAAACCACGACGAUGGUUCAAUAUCAGGCGAGCAGAGAGGGCGAUAUGCUUGCCCUUUCAAUAAAUCCGAUCCGCGUCGGUUUUGCAGCAACCCUAUGACUGGGGACCAAUACAGAGUAUGCGAGUCAGGAUACAAGACGAUCCAACGUUUAAAGGAGCAUAUUAAACGGAAGCAUCUGCUAAUCCAGUGUGAGCGUUGCUAUAAGAAUUUCUCGGGGAAAGGGAAACCUAUCGAAGACAGUGUCUCUGACCUAAGAAAACAUCGUCAGCAGUUGGAGUCAUGUGCCGUGGGAAGCUCCGAAAGCAACUCGGGCAUAAACAUGGAGCAAUGGACACUGCUGGAUAGAAGCGGAGGCAGAAAGAGGCAGAAGAUUUCAGAAGUUGAGAAAUGGUUCAACAUUUGGGACACAAUUUACCCAGGAAAGACUCGUCCUCCACACCCUUGGGCUGAACGGACCACGAUAGGCAUUAGGUCAUUACCAGCGCCGGCAAGCACUCAGGUUUUUGCGAACCUGUUCCAACGAUUCCUGGACCACGGAACUAUUUCAGGUAAUAUCCAGUUUGUCCAAGGACAAGAGGUGUUGAUGAAAAGCCGUAUAAACUCGUUGGCUCAAAUGGCUUACAAUAUCCACAUGAGUGUGAACGAGACACCUUCCUUAGAGAAUUCUUCAUCUAGCGGCCAGACAGCAACCCAAAUCACCAUGCCUUCAACUCCCGUUAUCGGUAAUCCAAACUUGACGAGCGUAGUCCAACGACAUAUGCCAGUCCCAAAGAUGACCAGGCAGAACAGUCAACCAAUGCUUAUAAGAGAGCCCCAGCCUCAGUAUAUGAUGCUUCAACCACAGAUGUCACCAGCAAUGAGUUAUGGGCCACCGAAUUUUCCCGGAUACGGAGCGAAUCAACUAGCCAGGAUCCCGCCCAAUCCCAUGCCUGGUCCUUCUCAAGCUCUGGUGUUAGACCAAGCCGAGUAUCAUUGGUCUUAUGGUAAUAUGAGCAACAGUUGGGCUGGGUUCGAGUAUCCGCUACAUAUAGAUACCGAGAAUACGGACCUUUCUUAUAUACAACAAAACGAACAAAACUAA